AUGGCUACCGUUGCUCAAGCUGCUGAUCAAUCUGCUGAUAUGUUGCAGAAGCUUACUUUGGAUUCACAACCAAAAGGUUCAGAGAUUCCUGACGCAAAGAAGGCUGCUGUUUACCAGUAUGGAGGAGUGGAUUUACAUGGUCAAGUUCCUUCCUUUGACCGCUCAUUGACACCAUUGCUUCCCAGUGAUGCUGCUGAUCCUUCUGUUUGCUACGUUCCAAAUGCUUACCAGCAGCCCUUUUAUUAUGGUAAAAAAUCAUUACUUCACAAGUUUGUCACCAAUGCUUAUAACAAGUUUCUCUCUUUUUUUUUAGGAUAUGGGGCGACUGGUCAAGAUUGGAGUGAGUUCGCUGGCUACAACCCUAGUCUUGAGGGUGUGGACAUGAAUGCUGGAGUUUAUGGAGAGAAUGGAUCUGUUAUGUAUCCUGGAUAUGGUUAUGCUCCAUAUCCUUACUCGCCAGCAACUAGCCCUGCUCCUCAAGUUGGCGGAGAUGGGCAGGUGUAUGGUGCUCAGCAGUAUCAGUAUCCUGCCUUCUUCCCCAGUGGACCUUUUGCUACCGCUACUCAGGGAGAUCUCACUGCAAACAAAGCUGGUGGUGGGAAGACUCUACCUGGAGAGAGCAAGAAUGUUGUUGCAUCUGGUGCUGGUAUGGCUAAAGGAAGCAAUGGAUCAGCUCAAGCGAAACCCAAUAACUUUAACACCUCAAGCAAUUUCUAUGGUCCGGGAAGCGGCUUUGCUACUGGUUAUCAGGAUCCUAGAUAUGGCUAUGAUGGGUAUUAUGGUACUGUGUCGUCUUACGAUGCUCCUAAGUAUUCAGAUGUGCAGAAACCUGCUGGUAGUGGAGUUGCAUCUUCAUAUUUGAAGGCAACUAGUGUGCCUUCAUCGAGGAAUCAAAACUACCGCUCAAAUUCCCAUUACACGGGUAUGCACCAGGCUGGAUCAAUGACUGGCUACGGUACAACUCAGGGAGUGUACAACAGGAUGUAUCCAAGCAAGUUAUAUGGUAACUAUGGUAGCUCGGGGAGAUCUGGUAUGGGUUAUGGCGCUUCUGGGUAUGACUCAAGAACAAAUGGAAGAGGAUGGGCAAACAAUACAGACAACAAAUACAGAAGCUGGGGAAGGGGUAACGGUUUCUUCUAUGGAAAUGAAGAUGGUUUGAAUGAACUUAACAGGGGACCUAGAGCAAAGGGCACAAAGAACCAGAAGGGUGAUUCAGAAGAUAGCUUUGAGGUUAAGGAGAAGACUGGUGAAUCGAAUGUAACUGAGACUGUGGAGACGGAGAACACCUGCAUUGUUCCUGAAAGAGAGCAGUACAACAAAGAAGAUUUCCCAGUGGAUUAUGAGAAUGCUAUGUUCUUUGUCAUCAAGUCCUACAGCGAAGAUGAUGUGCACAAGAGCAUCAAAUACAAUGUCUGGGCUAGCACACCAAAUGGAAACAAGAAGCUUGCUGCAGCAUACGAGGAAGCUCAGCAGAAGCCUGGCGGCUGUCCUAUCUUUCUCUUUUUCUCGGUCAAUGCAAGUGGACAAUUUGUUGGGCUUGCUGAAAUGACAGGACCAGUUGAUUUCAACACGAAUGUGGAGUACUGGCAGCAAGACAAGUGGACUGGUUCAUUCCCUCUCAAGUGGCAUAUCGUGAAGGAUGUUCCAAACAGUUUGCUGAAGCACAUUACCCUUGAGAACAACGAGAACAAGCCCGUCACCAACAGUAGAGAUACACAAGAGGUCAAGUUGGAGCAAGGUUUGAAGAUUGCGAAAAUCUUCAAGGAGCAUACUAGCAAGACUUGCAUUUUGGAUGACUUUUCCUUCUACGAGGUUAGGCAAAAGACUAUCUUGGAGAAGAAGGCCAAGCAUCAGCAGACUCAGAAAGAGGUAAAUGAGGAGAAGACUGCAACGGAUGAGAAAAAGGAAUCCUCAACUGCUGAUAAGGAGUCUCCUCCAGCUGGUCAAACCACCGGUGAUGCCAAGGUUGAUGUGAAUGGGUCAGUUGCUAAACCAGUAGGUGUGGUGGCAAAUGGUUGCUAGGUUAGUCCAUGUUGCUCACGGCUUGUGCAUUAGAGGCAACAAGAGAGAAGAAGAUAUUAACAUUCCCGUUUACAUUUUCUCUUGAUGACAACAAGUGCUGUGAGCUUUUGAAGCAUGGAAGGAAGGAGCUUUAGUACCUGAGACUUGUUUUUCCUUAGAAGUUAAAAUCCCAGUUUUUUUUUUUUUUUUCAAUCUUCUCGUUUUCUCAUUUUUCCCCUGUCUUUACAAUUUUUCAGUUUUUUUUCUUCAUUUUUCAUUUUCUGUUGAUCCUCCUACCCUGUAAAAAUGCUUAUAGGACCUACUAAAAUGGUGGGAAGAAUUAGAGAGAAGGACAUAACAGCAGGGUGGGAUUUGUUUUCAUUUCAUUUGGAAUUUUAGGCAGAUUUUUUGUUUUCUGUUUCGUUUUGGUUAAAACUCGAGUCUGUUUUGAGUUCUUUUUGUACCUCAUGGCUUUGGCCUCUUUUCACCUUUCUUGCUUUGGAAGUUAAUUGAAUCAUUCCUUGUUUAAAAAUUGCGGUACAAGAAUUUUAAGAGUUCACUUGUUAUUUAUUUAAAUGGAGCUUUUUGUUAUGGAUGGCUGAGCAAAGAAAGAAACAUGAAGAUGAUGACAUCGCCAAAGAGAGAAACAAACAUGAAGCAAAGAACCACAACUUCCCCUAUGUUUCUUAUGUGUAUUUUGUUUGUUGUAAGUUAUAGAAGCUUUAGGUAUGUGUAUUUAUAUGAACUAAAGGUGUGACUAACAAAGUUUAAUCAUAAAUCAAUAAA